CUCUCUGUACAAUCAAGACGAAGAGAACAAUGUUCCUGGUGAGCCAAAGCUGGACCAGACUUUACAACUCUAUGGAACCAAGGGUGCACAUCAGGGCUUCUUCAGCAAGACCAGGAAAGUGGACAAUCCUCCAAGCCGUCUCAGGCAUCCCAGUGUCAACUGGGUAUGGGCAGUAGGUGACAAGCAGGAAUUCUGGACCGUGUCUGUAGAAAUGUGAGCAAUGGCUGGGUGGCCCCAGAAUCUGAAGACCUGCCCCCACUUCCUCUCUGGGGCCAUGACCCAAGGAGGUAGGACAUGCUCAGAUGAAUCGUGAUUGAGUCACCCUAGAUUGGCAAAUGCCCCUUAGAGCCCAAACCUUGGCCUCCACCCAUCUGGGAAUGAGGGGUGACUGGCUGCUGUGCUCUAGUUGCUAAGGCCUCUUGGGAUCUUGGGAACCCCAUCUUUGAGCUCCGCCCCAAAGCCCCACCCCUCUCUAGGAGGGAAAAGGCACCUGCUGGUAGCUCUACUCACAGGCACUGGGACCUGGAGCUGGAGGACAGAAAGACAUACUGCUGCUGCUUGCUGCAGCCUGGGCCAUGGACCCCCAUGAGAUGGUUGUGAAGAAUCCAUACACCCACAUCAGCAUCCCUCGGGCUCACCUGCGGUCUGACCUGGGCCAGAAGUUAGAGGAGGUUCCAUCUUCAUCUUCCUCCGCUGAGACUCAGCCUCUGCCCUCAGGAACCUGUGCCCCAGAGCCAACGGGUCUCUUGAAAAUGACUGAAGCCCCAGAGCCAAAGGGUGCCAAGGGCAUCAAAGGUACAGCUCCUGAGCAGAGCCAACAGAGCUGGCAGUCACCCUGCAACCCCUACAGCGGUGGGCAGCGUCCAUCAGGACUGACUUAUGCUGGCUUGCCGCCUGUGGGGCGUGGCGAUGACAUUGCCCACCACUGCUGCUGCUUGCCUUGCUGCUCUUGCUGCCACUGCCCACGGUUCUGCCGUUGUCACAGCUGUUGCUGUGUUGUCUCCUAGCCUG